AACUUGCUUGUCGGUUCAUAUCUAAGUUUCGGCUCAACCACAACAAACGUUUAUUUACGCUCGAACACUGCAAGUGUUAGCAACAACUUGGCUAAAACGUCGCGAAACCAACCGUGUGUCAGUCGCUCUCUCUAUUCGACCCAGUGCAAAUUUGAAUUUCUUCAAGUUUAACCCAAAACAACAACAAAAUAAAAACAAAACAAUCCCAAGCCAAAAUAAAAAAAAAUACGAAACCUCGCGAAAGCCAAAAGAAAACCGUUAAACGGAAUAUUGAUUCAAAUUGAAUUGAAAGUGCAGAAAAUUAAAUAAUUACAAAGCAGCCUGCAAAAGGAUAACAUUUAUAAGUGAAAAUGGUGGAAAAACUCGAUAUGUCGGCCGUUGUUGGUGUCAAGGAUAUCACGGAUAACAAAAAAAUCUGGCGACAGCUGUUGGCCGAACUCAUCGGUACCUUCUUCCUGGUUGUCAUUGGCGUUGGAAGUUGCACGGGUGGUUUAGAUGCGGCCCCUUCCGUACCGCAGAUAGCAUUUACAUUUGGUUUAACAGUAGCCACUUUGGCACAGGCUAUCGGACACAUAAGCGGUUGUCACAUUAAUCCGGCUGUGACUGUUGGCUUCCUGAUUGUAGGUGAAAUGAGCAUCAUCAAGAGCGCCCUUUAUAUUGCCGUUCAAUGCGUUGGAGCUAUUGCCGGAGCUGCUGUCAUUAAAGUGGGAGUGUCCGAAGAAGUUUCAGCUACUGGCCUGGGCAUAUCCUCCUUUUCCAGCACCUUAACAGUCGGCCAAGCUGUAUUAAUUGAAGCCUGUAUUACUUUUAUAUUGGUGGUGGUUGUGAAAGCUGUAUCUGAUCCUGGUCGCACUGACAUCAAAGGUUCUGCCCCCUUGGCUGUGGGCCUUUCAAUUGCGGCCGGUCAUUUGUGUGCUAUCCAAUUGACCGGGGCCAGCAUGAAUCCAGCCCGUUCAUUUGGUCCUGCCGUUGUACAAAACAUGUGGACCAAUAACUGGGUCUAUUGGGUGGGUCCCAUUACUGGCGCCAUUGUAGCCGCUAUCCUCUACAAGUUCGUCUUCAAGGUACGCAAGGGCGACGAUGAGGCCAAUUCGUAUGACUUCUAAACGAAUUUAGAGAAUUUAUUGUCGUAGCCCGAGUGUUAUACUGAAAAGAACGAGGAAACGAAAGUAAUUAUGAACCUUCGCCUCAUCGCUAUUUUUUCGCUUUCACCUAAAACAAUUAACAUAAAAAUACAGAAGAUUUUUAUAUAAAAUUCAAACGAAACACUCUAAAUCCAGGUUCGCAAACGAACGCCACCACACAUUUGUAUUGUUAAGAAUGUAAGAGAAAAAGUUAUGCAUGAAAUUAAACAUUUGAAUAUUUAAUUCUAUGUACAUUGAUUGUUUGUAAUUGUCAUUAUUCGACGUCGUUAUUUAUUGUUAAAUUUAUUUAGUUUUAAAUCGAGUAAAAAACAUAAACGGAAACAAAAAGAUACACAGACACUAAAACUGCACAACCCCAUAUCCAAUUGUAUAUUUUACAAAAUAUGUAUGUAUGUUAAUGCUUAUAAAUUUUAAGGAGUUUUAGUAUAUGAGUCCCUCGAGAAGAGAAUUGAACGUCUUCAUUCGAUUGUUUCAAAGAAAACAGAACUACAAAGAAAUUGUCGAAAAUAAUAUAUAUUUUGCUAAGAAUUCGCUUUAAUCUCUAAUAAAUGUAUAAUCCUUAUGUCUAA